AUGGCGGGUAAUGUGCUCACCGAAGAGAUGGUCGCGGAACUGAUUCUCGCCGGUGCAGAUAUCAAGGUAGGAAUUGGUCCUGGAAGUGUUUGUACCACCAGGAAAAAGACUGGAGUGGGUUAUCCACAGUUAAGUGCCGUCAUUGAAUGUGCCGAUGGCGCUCAUGGGCUUGGUGGUCACAUUAUUUCGGACGGUGGUUGUAUAUGUCCAGGUGACGUCUGCAAAGCUUUUGGUGCCGGUGCUGAUUUCGUGAUGCUCGGUGGUAUGUUGUCAGGUCACACUGAGUGUGGAGGUGAAACUAUUGAAAGAAAUGGUAAAAAAUAUUAAAAAUUUAUUGGGAUGAGCUCAGCCACUGCCAUGAAAAAACACCAUGGUGGUGUAGCGGAGUAUCGAGCAUCAGAGGGCAAAACUGUUGAGGUUCCAUAUCGGAUUUCACCAACCUGA